AUGGCGAGUAAAGAGAAGAUCAGAGUUGACGGAAUAAUUCUGCCGGAACCACUUCAACAAGAUGCCAAUCAACGCCUCAGAGACAUUGAAAACUUAACUAUGAGGAAAGAUGAUGUUCUGAUCAGUUCCUAUCCCAAGUCAGGAAACCAUUGGCUGAAUGAAAUCGUCCCUCGUCUUUUGCAAGGAACAGUUGAGUCUUCCCACAGGUUGAUAUACACUUUUUUGGAGUACGUGACCGAUCUACAGGUUCUAGAAUCGAUGCCCUCUCCUAGAGUCAUGACGUCACAUCUUCCAUUUCGAUGUCUGCCAAAAGAACACAUACAAAACAACGGGGAAAUUAUCCAUAUUAUCCGAAACCCCAAAGAUGUAGCCGUAUCCGCUUUUCAUCAUUACAUCAAAGGUCCAUACCUUAAGGAUUUUGUAUCCACUGACUGGUCUGUGUUUUUGGAUGAGUUCUUUCGUGGAGAAUAUAUUUAUGGAAGCUGGUUCAAAAGAGAAAAAGAGUGGGAAGAUGCAGCACUGCAACAACCAGGGAUUAUUUUGGUUCUUUACUAUGAAGAUCUGAUAAAGAUAUGUUUGCAUAACUAG